AUGUUAUCAUUGAUUAUAAGAAAUCUCACAGCAUUAGAAUUACAGUUUAAUUUAAUACGAAAAUGUCACAGUAUAUUUGGAAUUAAAGAUUUAGUUCGCCAAGAAAAGCCGGAAACUUUCACCAUUUCACCCGUUCAAAGCAGUAAUCAUGGAUUUGCAGUCGAUAUGAUAAAGCAGUAUUACCUUAGCGAACAUGUUCUUGUGCGCGCGCGCAACAUGGAUCUUAACGAUGAUCGAGCUAUUGAUGAGUACCUCAUCGGCAUACUCAAACAAGGUAAUUCUCUAUUCGCUAAAGCCGAAGAUGGUACCACAGCAGGAAUCUGUGUGAACUACGUUGCAAGUCCAUUGGAUACAAAAAAUCUGCGCAGCUACGCAUUUUAUAGACAAGAUCCUAACACCAAAGAUUUCCUUUACUUUACUGCGAAAUUACAAGAAACUCCUAAUCUUUGGGAUAUAUUUAAAAAGCGUGAAGUUUUUGAGAUGAAAAUGUUCGCUGUAUUACCCGAGUUUCGUAGACAGGGGGUGGCGACCAUGCUAGCUGAGAAAUCUAAAAUUCAAGCUCAAGAACAGGGAUACCAAGUUAUUCGUAUGGACUGCAUUAAUCCAUAUGACUAUAAAAUAGCCGAACGUUGCAUGUUAUCAUGCUUAUUGAGGUUCCCUCUGCACAAGUUGCGUGGCGCUCAUGCUCCGUUUAUCAAGCGCAGUUCUGAACACAACAAGUACGUGCGGGUGUAUGUCGCGCAUGCGCAGCAAGAUUCGCCUGAGAUAAUCGUAAAGCGCCAUGAAAUUGAUGAGAACAUGAUUGAAUGAAACUAUUUUAUAGAAUAUAUUCCGUCCCUUUAAAAAAUUAUUGAUUAUAUAGUCAGUGCAUUGAGUACAAUU